UCAAUAAGCAAUAAACCAAUCGACUUAUUACUACUGGACAUGCAGUAACUUGUUUAGUACACACAAAUCUGUCUGGUGCCGUCUUUGGCGUGUCUCAGUCUACGUAUUACGCUGAUAUUGAAAGGUCAUUCAAGCAAUCAAGACAUUCAAGCAUUGAAAUUUGAAAUAUUGUCGAAGUCGAGACGAUAUCCAGACGUCACUGAUAUAUUGGUGGCAAUAUGCCCACCGUCGGCUACUUGUCUCUUCUUGUCUUCCUGGCGAUCGUGAACUCGGCAUCAUGUCUAUCACCUGGAGGGAAAAAUGUGAAGACUACCUACCAGACAUAUUAUGUUACAGAACACACCACAACAAAGCGUCUCAGUUAUACAAGAACGUGUACACAAACAUGCAGCGGUCACUUUAUAUGGUGUUGGUCAUAUACUACAGUUUGCAAAAAUGUUCCUAAGUAUCGAUGGGUUACUGUGUCUAAACGAGUUGCUCGGAAGAGGCCCGUUUACUCGUGUUAUUCUGGAUGGAGUCCCAACUACUGGGGAACUGAAUGCACAAUACCGAUUUGCUCGGGAGGGUGCAAAAACGGAGGGACAUGUAUUUCUCCUAGCAAUUGCCGCUGUACUUCAGGGUGGACUGGUUCAAGAUGUCGAACUGACAUAAACGAGUGCCAGACCAAUAAGCAUGGUUGCGGAUACAAGCCCGGCUGCGUCAACACUAAGGGAAGCUAUAGGUGUACAUGUCGUGCAGGCUAUUACUUGAUGUCUGAUAAUCGUAAUUGCAAAGAUAUAAAUGAAUGCAUUUCUAAUCCAAACAGUUGCGGAGCUAACACAAGAUGUGUGAAUAAUCCAGGCAGUUACACAUGUCCUUGCCUCAGCGGUUUUAUUUACAACACAGGCUCAAGAAGAUCAUGCAAAGAUAUUAAUGAAUGCGAUCCCGCUAGUGGCGUCGUCCAUGGAUGUCAAGGCACGUGUAUUAAUAUGAUCGGAACGUACAGAUGCGACUGCUCGUCAGGACAUUUUCUUGCAUCCGAUGGAAGGAGUUGCACAGACCAUGAUGAGUGCGCUACUGACACUCAUGGCUGUGAACAACUGUGCGUGAACUUUCCUGGUGGAUACAACUGCUCUUGCUCGGCUGGUUAUCGACUGGACAGAAUAGACCAAAAAUCGUGCAAUGAUGUAGAUGAAUGUUCCGAGAAUACAGCUGGUUGUGCGCACAACUGCACCAAUGAAGUUGGUAGUUUUAAAUGCUCUUGUGAAUUGGGAUAUCAUCUUGGAACCGACGCAAAGUCUUGCAAUGACGUAAAUGAAUGCUCUAGUGGUCUUCAUCAUUGUCAACACAACUGUAUUAAUACACCAGGAAGUUACAAAUGCAGUUGUAGAUCCGGAUUUGACUUGUUACAAAAUGGUGGUGAUUGUGCAGGUCGGCCAUGUAUUCCGAUUUUCAAUCCAUUAAAUGGUGUCAAGAAUUGCUCGGGCUACACGACAGAGAAAGUGUGUCAUUUUGAAUGUUCUCCCGGGUAUGAUCUUGUCGGUUCAAGUAACAGAACUUGUACAGACCUGAAAUCAUGGACGGGGGAAGACACAAAAUGUGAAAUUAUCCACUGUCCCACCCCUGCCAAACCAUCGAAUGGCUUCAUUUACUCACCUUGCAACACUUAUUUCGCUUCGCAAUGUACUGUGGGCUGUUCAAGUGGUUAUUACAUUGAUAGAACCGUCAAGAUUGCCUGCGAUGCUCACCGAGUCUGGCAACCGGGAAAUAUUACAUGUAAUGAGAUCGAAAUAUGUCGACCUAACCCUUGUCUCCAUGGUGGAACAUGCUCUGCAAUUAGUUCCAAAUAUUAUUCUUGUAACUGCACUCAGACUGGUUACAUCGGAACAAAGUGCGACAUUGGUUAUAUAACCAUUCCUGAUUAUCCCACGUUAACACCUGGUGUUCCCUCACAGUAUCUAACGUACAAAGUAUCACCCCCGAGUGAAAACGUCGUUCUCACUCCAAAAAGCCGGGAUAUAGAAUUUGAGCCUUCUAAUCUUCUCUUCAAACACGGCACUCCAUCCACACGUUCUUUAAGACUGACUGCAAGAAAACCAGGUGUACAUUUUAUCCGAUACUCGUUAUCGGGUCCAAGUGCGGGUUAUUUUAAAUCUCCUGACGAGAGUGUUGUUUUAGUAAAAUCCUCAGAGCAACUAACGUUUGACAAAGAAACGGUGCCAAACGCUAUUCCUUCUGGCUGCUACAAGCAACAGGUUGACAAGUGUCCUCGGUCCAAUGAUGCUAUUUACGCUUCCUCGACUUCCCCAUGGGUCACGUUUGGUCCGAUGGCAAUGACAAGUGGCGUGGUCAACUUAAUGGUUGGAGCUACCACCAUACCCCUGUCGUUACUUGGAACCAACUUAAUUAAGCCCAGUCACAUCUCAAGCCAGAAGGAUUGCGAUGAUGACAAUCAAGUCAGUUACUCAACCGAGCAGUUAAUUACAGAGCGUCUGCUGGAGAAGACGUUUCUCAAUAAAGUUAGCAACAGCCUCCCUAAAUGGCUUCAGAUUACGCUACCUAACAAUUCGGUAUCGACAGCAUGGUCUCCCUCGGAACUUCAGACAUAUUACGUAUCUGGAAAGAAUUUGAGGACUGCCUACAUUGGCGAAGGCCAACCAAUAGAUGACGGAACUUAUUAUUCGCUUUUAAACUCUCAGAACCUGAACCUCUCUGUGGAUAAUGACGUUGAUCUUUUACUAUCAGGUGACAAUAAAGCACCACUGUCAAUAGCUAUGGAACUAUGCGGUCCGUUGCCAAGGAACGUCAUCCUCCGACCGUCACUAAGAGAUGGCAAUUUAAUAAACGACGUGUCACUCACUAGAAAGUUGGAAGAAAAUGGCUGGGAUAUAAAGUUUUACUCUUUGCAGAUAUCGAAGAGCAAAACAAUUGAUAUGAUUAGAAAACGGUCUUUAUGGAAUAGUAAACGUUUCUUCAAUAUCGAGUCUUCCCAGCGUGGUAACCUAGCCAUAGUUUUGUCGCUUAAAAAAGAGCUCAGAAGUCUGGGUUUCGUCAACUCAAGUUUGGAGUUCGAAGGAACUGCCGUAGCUGACCUUGAUGACAUAGAUAAUAUUUCAGAUUCUCCUUUUGGCAAGGAAUGGAAGCUGGAUCUGUACGGGAAAAUCACAGUGGGAUCGAAAUUCAAAAUAAAGGGCAAAGUGACGAAUAUGAUUUUAGAAGCAUCUGAGUCCAUUAGUUAUGCCAGGUUUGGAGGAAAAAAGCGAAUUUCCCAAAGCCAAAAGGCCGACGAUGAUUUACAAGGACUUUUCUUUACCAACGAAAUCAAACAAAACCCUUUUAUUGGAACAGAAUUGAGCCCUUUCGUCGAAGUUGGCACGAACAAAACAUUCUCGUAUUUCCUUGACGCUAUGAUCUACGAAAAUGAAUCUUCGUACGAAGAAAUAAGUAACGGAAUCAGUAUGUCUUUUAACGGAAAUCUAAAAUAUGGCCCUAUUAGGUUUGAAAGCCUGCACAUUGAGUUAUCCAUUGGGGAUUUAAGCUGCUCCAACUCCAUGAAAAGCUGCUCCAACUCCACGAAGACUGUUGGUGCGGUGUUUACCGGUGAUAAUUACAGCAAAAAAGGGAAAACAAAAUUUGGAAUUUUUCGCGUUUCAGGGAAUAAACCUCUCAGUCUUCUAAUUGCUGUUGCCAGAAAUAAGAAUUCCAGUUCUUUAGGUUCUUUCCAAGCGAUCACAAAAAUUCUUGGAUUUGAAAAGUUGGUUAAUGUUACUUUCUUUGAGAAAGGUUUGGCAUUCCGCGUUGAUGGUAAAAUUCAUGGAUUGUUCGACGCAAACAUGAGUUGCGAGUCACGCUUAGCCACAUGGGAAAACCAAAUAUUCAUUGUUGACGGUGUUUUUGAGGACAGGUUAACACAAACUGGGCUAAAGCAUUCUCUUAGUCUCGAAAUGGAUCGAUAUGCCGUACGUGUCUUUAGAAAAGCGAUGAAAAGGGUGAGAUCCAUCAAUGAAACGGAACAAAGAGCAAAACGUCGGCUAGAAAAGGUUAUGACUUUUGAAAAACUGGCAUCUGAAACUACGCAGCGGGCUCGUGAGGAAUACCAAGUAUCCAGUCGCGGACUCAAGAUUGCUGAACAAGAGUUGGCCUACCUUGAACGUGCUGCUAGUAACACUUCUGAAGAGUUGCAGGAAUUAAAGUCAGCACUGGAUAGGCUGUGUCCCGUCAAACAUUGUCCAGAUAUUUGCCAAGAGGGAGUUAGUUGCACGAAGUGCUACCAAGACAUAAUCGGAAAAGCAAUGGGAGUUUGCCCGGCAACCUGUUUCAAUACGGUACAACGUAGACUUCCUCCGUUAACUGAAAUCGUUCUGUGUGAAAGCCAGAAGUGUACACGGAUUCACAGCACAAACGGUCUUUUUAAAAGACUUUUGGGAGAGACAUUCGGUGGUAUACUCAAAAGCGUAGUGUCAUUUGGUAUAUCUGCUUUCGCCACAUUUUUGGGAGCUCCGCCGCCGCUCUCGUCCGCUCUUGGAGAUGGGAUUGUGCAAUUGCUCGAUACCGGACGCAUUGACGAGACCUUAUGUUCGGUGGCUAAGGGCGCGAUUACGAGUUUUAUUGGCGGCCCAGGUGUUAAAAAAGUAUUCCAGCAGUAUUCAAAAACAAGUUUGCGUGAAGGAGUCAAGCAUGGCGCUAUCGCUUUGGGUAGAACUGGAGUCAGUAAAGUUGUGAGCAAAGCAAUAUCGUGCCAAAGGGAACAGCGAGAUGGACACUGGAAAUGUCACGUCGUAGCAGUCCAGUGUAACAAGGACAGAUUCCAAUAUGAGUACGAGCACACACCUUACAUCUGCAAGCAGUCGUGUGAGAAAGACACGGUAACUAAGACGAUCGAAAAAAGCUGUUGCUCGACGGUACCUUGUGCUUCGCUUAUUGUCAACCUCACUUGUGUUGCCGAAAACGUUCUCUGUAAGAAAGUGAGAGAGGCAGCAAUGGAACAGUUCUCGAAGACCAAAACCAAGACAGUGCAAAUCCUCAAGAGCUUAGAGAACGCAAGAGAGAAUGUCUCGUACUGGACUAUGAAGAAAAGGAAGGAUUACAUUAAAUUCAUAGCCGCAGAACGUUCGCUGAAUACGUCACGGAAUGCUGUUUACAGCUUGCGGAAAGCUUAUAAUGUUUCAGUCGAAACCCGAGAAAAGAAGUUGAAACUUUUAGCGAGACCAUUGCAGAUAAGAAGUAUCCUUGAUGAGCAUCUUACAUAUGUGGCUAAGGUAAAGUUGGAAACAAUACGAUUUAAGGUAAAAGUAUCAGCAAGGUACCAAAGCAAUCUCUUGCCGAUCUUUAUCACGUUCAAAAUCAACGAAACUGAGAAGGAAAUGUUUACUGUUCUUGACUUCUCUAACCUUAAUGCAUCUAUGAGAAGUGUCGCAAAGGAAAUUCUAAGUCAUUUUGUUGGAGAUCUCUCCAGCGUUUCACGAAGAAAACGCUCCGUGGAAGACACUGGGAAUUCAGAAUUGGAGAACAAGUUGUCAACCCUGAAAGAUUACCACAAGCUAUGCGCUGAGUUCCAGAACCACCAGCUACCACUGGAAGCCGUAGUGCGUUCGCUGUACGACCUAUCUUCUGAAAUGCGCAGCUUGCUUGAAAAGUCGAAAAGGGUGAUUACAGCCAAUGUCAACGUAACUGAUGUGUUAACGAACCUCAACAUCAACUUGACGCUCGCAACGGAAAUGGGAUUGGCGACAGACAAUGGCUCGUACGUAAAUGAUCUCAACGCGGAUCCCGAAAUGACUGAAGCGGAGGAACUUCACCAGGAAGCUGCGCGCGAUGGAUACGAACCGCUUCAGGUAGCCACGAAGCUCCUAAUCCAUAACUGGUUUGUUACAAUGGAGGAUUUAUUCAAUGACUCCAGAAUAGCAAAAGAGUGCAGUGGCUUUGACGAUUGUUUGUUGUACAUUCUAAACAGUUUAUCCGAUAUCUACUCGGCUCUUGAACUUCCCGGAGCACAAAAUGUUCGCGACCAAAUAAAGGAUAUUGAAACGAAGAUCACAAGCCUGACGCAAAACCUCGACUUGUCAGUUAACAGCGCUGUUGAACUUUCAUCAGAAAUUUUGGAAAUUCUCGAGAACUUGACGAGUGGAAACAGCAUAUGCGGACUCGCACCAAAUAUCACGAAACAUCCGGAGGCCUUCGUGGAGCUGGGCGAAGGUGAAACUCUCCAACUGACCUGCAAUGCCACAGGUAGUUCUCUGACUUACAGAUGGAGAUAUAAUACUGAAAUAUUGCAAGAUAAGUCGAGUGGCAUUUUAUCGAUUGAAAAUAUAACAGCUUCGCACAGCGGUAACUACACAUGUGAGGUGUCGAACCAUAUAGCCAAAGAAACGUCCAUUCCUGCAAGAAUCGUCGUCAUUUCACCCCCUGUGAUUGCUGUACAACCCGCAGAGUACCUCGGUGUUGUUUUGUUCAGUGAUGAUUCACUUGAGUGUCAAGCUCAAAAUAAUAAUAGAAAUAUCUCGUAUCAGUGGUGGUUUAAAUCUCUAAACUCUUCCAACUUCUCCCCGUUGUUGAACGAAACCUUCCCCUACCUCAAUUUUCUUUCGAUGAGAUCCACUGACGAAGGUUGGUAUUUCUGCAACGUUUCUAAUCGCUAUGGCUUUACCAUAUCUUCAAUAGCCCUUGUUAGGGCAUUGCACUUUACCCUGCCAGUACCAGCUGCGUCGCUAAUGGUGUCUAUCGUACAGAGUUCCCGAGUUAACACAACAUCGCCCGAAAAACUAGGCAACGACACUUACGACGCGAUGAGUUCACUGAUUUCCAAGCUGCUUUCGUCGCCAGGAUACUUACACAGGAAGAUGGUUCCGGAAGACCGCUUAAGAAAUUUACACCCAAUUGAUUGCAGGAUGCCACCGUCCUUUCGUAAUAGGUCAGAUCAAAAUUUGGAGGUAUGUUGGUGGAAAUUUCAUUACAUAGGGGAAAACACCACCACAAACACGAGUGUUAGCGAAGGCCUCGCGACUAAUGCCUGGAGGGUGAUGAACGCAACUUUGGAUAUGAAACGUGCAAUUAGUGAGUUGGUUAAUGCAACCAACAAUAGUUCUCUUUCGUUCUCGUUGGACAACCAAACGUAUUUUGUUGAAGAAAAUUCCUUAGCUGUUCAGGACGUUUUGCUGUUGUGUCCACGAGGCCAAACUCUUGUUCAAGAAGACUUUAGUUGUGCCGAUUGCCCAGCUGGAUAUCAAGGCGAUUUGGAUAAAGACUUAAAAGCAAGUUGUGUUCCAUGCGCUCUGGGUUCAUACCAAUCACAUUCUGGGCAAACAUCGUGCACGGAAUGCUCCGAAGGAUUCACCACUGAGCAUGAAGGGUCUUAUGACGCAGGACACUGCACAGUGAUAUGCCCUGCAGGGCACUAUGGCCUUAUUAUUAACCAAACAAUUGCGCAAUGUUUAAUGUGUCCUGAAGGCACAUACCAGCCGCUGGAAGGUCAGUUUAAGUGCCUGUCCUGCCCGUCUGGUUAUAUCACGGCCGAACGCGGAACACAAGACAUCGCAAAUUGCAUUUUAGAAACUACGCCAAAACCGAAAGAUAAACCCACCGCAGAGAGCAAGACUACAGAGAGCAUAACAGACGAACAGACGGUUAUAGUUUCAACCGACAAGACAAACGUUUCAUUGACAAAAGAAGAACUGCAAACAGAUAAUGGAGGUGUAAAUGGUUCUUUGAUCGCCGGGAUUGUCGUCGGCGUAGUCGUUUUAAUUAUAGGAUUUCUGGUAUUCUUCGUCUACCGAAGGCGCAAAGAGAAAAGCAAAAUGAACGGAGAAGUUACAGAAAAAGUCGAAAACGAGACCAAGUCAACGGAAGGAAGCACCUCUUGGAAAAACCCUAUCUACUCAGAUGCGGAUGACUUCGAUCUUCGAAAGAGGCUGCAGUCAAUCCAACAUACGAACCCGCGUGUUUUGAUCUGCCCUCUCGUUGCGACAAACCUGCGACAACAGCAUCACAGUGUGGAAUGA